AUGCAGCUGGAGGGGUACCACCAGGAUGAGGACCCUUCUGCUGCGGAUGUACGCGAGAGAUGGCGGCGCCAGAAAGCUGCACAGCGUGCGGCCGCUCUUCCUGAGCUACGACAGCUGCAGCGGCAGCAGGACGCUGCACGGCAUGCGGCUGCACGUGCUGCCCCGGAGGUGAGAGCACAGCAGCAGGUGAGAGCGCAGGAGCAACUGCGUGACACUGCGCAGCAUGCAGGUGCCCGUUCUGACCCGGGGGUGAGGGCGCAGCAGCAGCAGCGGAACACAGUGCAGCAUGCGGCUGCCCGUGCUGACCCGGAGGUGAGGGCGCUUCAGCAGCAGUCAAACACUGCACAGCAUGCGGCUGUGCGGCAGAUGCAUCAGCAUGACCAGCAGGCCGCCCCUAGGGACACACUAUUGGCUCGCAUGCACCGUCUUCUGCGCUUCACGGACCUUCAUCGUGACGCUGCCAUUGACUUGCCCGACUUCCUUUUGGCGAUUCCAGAGGCCCGCGUGCAGGACCUUCCGGGCGGUCAGUUACCGCCUGACAGGCAGGUCCCAUACACAGUGCAGCUGCAAUGUGCAUCGACCAUGGCUGUUGCCUUGCGCCGGCGCAUGCCUUCCCGUGUCUGUGCUGUGUGCUCGGAAGUGUGCUCGGAGGACCAGUCGACGGUGCUGCCUUGGAUGGAGAUCCCCAACGUCGACAUUCUACGUGCAGACGUCAUGUGCACGGACGCUGUGCAGCGCUGGGGACGUACUCUGGUGUGGCGGCGGAUGGCGCGUACAGCUCAGGGAGAAGCACCACCACCGCCUGAUCCGGUCCUGCCAGCUCGGUAUCGUGUUAGCCAGGCUGAGCGGGUUGCUGCUGUGGAUGGUGAUGGAGCAGGCAGGCUGGUAGAUGAUGCAGCGGAAGGGGCAUUGGAGAUGGGUGGUGAUGCUCCGGAGACUGGUGAUUUAGAGGCAGCGGCGGCUGAGCAGGAGCCACCCGAGCAACUUCCGCCGGACCAACAGCCGCGUCCUCCGCGGGUGCUGCCCAGAGCCUGCCUUGAUGACCCAGCUAGUGUGGAGGUGCCGUACUGCAUGCGGUUGGAGGCGGAUCUGCCCAACCGCACUAUGCUGGUCGGCGAUGGUGUUGCAGAACGCAUCUUCGUAUGCAACACCUGCCACAAGGCCUUGAGUGCCCGACGAGUUCCCGAAGCUGCGCUGGCGCGCCUGGACCCUGGCGAUGUGCCGCGCGUCAACCAUCUGGGCGACCCUCUGCCGUCGCCCACUUUCCUGGAGGGACAGCUUCUGGGCCGCGGUCGCAUCAUCCAGCAGUUGCUCAUCAUGUACCUGGCAGACCGACCGCCGGACGUCUUCCCACGUGCUGUAAAGACUCACGGCAUUGGGGUCGUAAAUCCUGACCCGAAUAUGCUGCGAGCACAACUGCCGGCGCGGGCGUCCGACCUGGCCGGCGCUAUCACGGUUGUGUGUGUCGACCAGGUUCGCAACCGGGCGGAGCUGCUGGAACGCGUGCAAAAGGCGCCAGGUCUACAGCACAACGACGAGGAGGAGCUGGCUGUUGAUGAGGAUGCUCUGCAGGAGUACGAACGCAUGGGCUGUGCUGCAGGUGUGCGGCAGUUCCAGGACGUGGUGGAAGCGGCUGUUCGUGAUGGCAAUCUUGCCGAUGCAACUGCGGCACCUGACAUGGAUCCUGCGGGACCGGUGCAACCUACGCUGGCGGAUCCGACCCUGGAUGCAGGACCGGUGCAACCUACACUGGCGGAUCCGACCCCGGAUGCAGGACCGGUGCAACCUACACUGGCGGAUCCGACCCCGGACUGCAGCGUACGAUUUUGGCAGGCUCGCCGGCUGUGCAGCACGCUUACUCAUACACAUAACGACACGUGCAAGCGACACGGCUGCCGUGGCACGGAUGAUAGCUGUGGCAUGGCGUUCCCUCGUGUCCUGCGCAGCGCCUUUCAGUGGAUUGGCACCGGUGGCCUCUUCCUUCUGCCGCGAUUGGGCCCGAACAUUGUACUGCACGUGCCAGCUGCAGCACUGGCAUUUGGGUGCAACCAGCUGUUUACUCUGGCGUGCGAGGUGGAUCGCGUCUACACGGCAGAGGCAGCAGCGCAACUGGCCCGCCCUGAAGAGCAACAGGGGGACUGUGCGCUACUGCAGCCUGCUGCUGACCGCGCCCGCGACUCUGCCUACUACAGCACGAAGUACACUGGCAAGAGCAUCAACGACAGCCAGGCGCAGCUGACAUGCAACGCUCUUACCCGAGUGCAGGAUUUUCUGCUAGCUGGAAGGAUGCCGAAUCCGGGUGCCAGUGGGCCCACUGCGUUUGGCAACAUGUGUGCCACCGUGCAUCGCAUGACCGCUUCCAUUACGGCUGGUAUGGCGCUUGUCGCCAUGAAGCUGGACGGUCAUUCCACCUUCGAGGCGACGUUCGAGUGCGCAUACCUGCAGGUAGACGCGUUCACAGCGCUAUCUGCGGGCGCUGAGCAAUCUCCUGAGGCGGCGACCACAGCGGCGGUACUGGUGGAGGCUGAGGAGCAGGAGGGCUAUACAGUGACCAACGCCGUGCAGAGCUACAUGCUGCGCGGGGAAGAACUCAGCGGCCUGGAUUGCAGCGUGUACAACAUCUCCUCCAACUAUGAGGUCCGACGUGUGCCGCCAGCUCAGCACCCGCACCGAGAGCGAUUGGGCCUACAGAUCCCGGUGGCAGUUCGACGCCCCCCGGCCCCUCCCCCUGAGCCACCUGCUCCUACAGCUGCAGCGACACUCGACCAGCCAACGUCUCAGACAGCCACGGAGCUGCCCCGCCUGGUGGCCUUCCACGGCACGCAUCCGCUCUACAGAACACAUGUCCACGUCCGCCUGCCGCGGCCGCGUUACGUACAGCUUGGAGGCUCUCUUCCCCGCCGGCCCCGCCCUGGCACCUCUGCUGCGGGCAUGGCGCAGUACUACGCGUUUGUCCUGGGUACUUUCAAGGCUCACCGGGGUCAGCCCAUCCCCACCGGGCUGACUGUAAAGGAAGCCUACGACGCCUGGUGGGCAGAGCUGGGCACUACCGAGGCAGGUCGCUCGUACCAGGUGUAUGUAUCGGUGCUGCUGGACAACAUCGAAGAGAACCACGCUGGGAAAGCCCGCCGUCAGGCGGAGUACAACCAACGGCGCCGCCAGCAGCGUGCAGCAGCGGCAGCAGCCGCGCUGCCUGAAGGUGACAGCACGAGCGCUUCGGAUGGAGAUGCCGAUGACGGCAUCCGCGGGCAUCUCAGGCCUGAUCCUGAAACACAGCCGCCUGCCGAGGACCAGCUGGAGCACUUCGUGUACAUCCCAGGUCAGGAGUAUCCGACGGCUGGCACCGACCUCGCCGCCGUCGCUCUUACGGACCUGUUUGACUGCACCAACGCUGCUGGCAUGUAUGCCUAUGAUGCAGCACGACGCUGCCGAGCCCCGGCCUUAGCGGACGGCCAUGGUGCAGGCAGCGAUCGUUUCAGCCGUCGGAUCACACCAGCGGACCUGCCCCUCCUGACUGAAGCAACAAAGCGUCUGAAGCGGUAUCUCGUUGCAGCAGCAGCCGGCACUGUUGAGGCAGAUGGGGGCGCCCACGCGGGACUGACGGCCACACCUGAGAUGGAUACCCCUCAUGUCGAGCUGCACCGCCCCACCAGCGGACCCCUGGUCGCCAUCGUGCGCAUGCCUGGCACUCCUGAGCGGACUGAACAGGUUCGCAUGCCCAUCUAUGUGCACCUCCCCCAGCCGCCCAGCAUCGACGACACCAUCGAGCUGUUCACACUUGCCCCCCACCAGGCCGUGCCCUUCAUGCUCAUGGCUCGGUACUUCGAUCGCCAUGAUGAGCCCAACCCUGGCGACCCACUGCAGAUGCUUGUGGAGGGCAAGCCCGGUACCGGAAAGAGCCAGUUCGUACAAGCGCUCCUGUGGUACACCUUCCAGCAUGGCUGCCCGCACUGGGCGGCCACCUGCGCCUACUCAUGGGCUGCUGCAACUGCCUUCAGCACGCCGGUACAUCGCAGCCUCUCUACCCACGCCAUGUUCGCCCUAUCUGCUGGCAGCAACCGAGCGGACAGCGUCAGGAAAGGCAGCGCAGCCAGCCUACAGGUGCAUCGUAAUGUCGGCGAUGGUGCGCUCAUCAUUGACGAGAUUGGCAUGAACAGCCUGGACCACCUGGGUGCGUGCAACCAGUCCUGCACCCGUCACCUGUUACCGCCACCGCAUCUCGCCGGCGACCACCCCGCCGCCACCAUCUUCAGCGGCCGUCCCAGCGCCAACACUGGCGACGAGUUCCAGCACCCGAAGCCAGGUGGCCCGCCCCUCUACCGAUACGCCGCUGCUGUGGAAUGCAACCCCCAGUUCUCACCCUCUGUCCCAACCGCGCAAUCUCUGCACGGAGAGGAGGCCAACGAUGGCGACCCUAAUGAGGCCGCCGCUGGAUCUCAAGGCGGUCAGCAGCAACCUGAAGCAGCAGCACGCCGGCCCCGGGCCGUCCCCCAGACUCAGAGCUGCAUACUUGAGGGCUUCCGGGUUUACCGAUCCCUGGCUAAGACGGUCUUCUUGCUGGAGAAGCAGCAGCGCCAGGACAGCAGCCCCUCUGGUCGUCGCCUGACAGAGUACGCCUCUAUGUUCGGCGGUGAGCCAGCCACCGAGCAGCGCAUAGCCGAGAUGGUCGAUGACCUCAACAGCCGCGCCAUCGUCGACUUGGCCGACCUGGCACACCUCGAGCCGCGCGUCGUGCUGCAGAGGAACGAACCACGCCACACACUCAACACCCGGCUCAUCAUGCUGGAGGCACAGCGCAAGAAUCAGCGCCUUGUGGUGUGGAAUGCGGACCACGUCCCUGUCCAGAAGCGCGGUGCUGCUGUGGAGCCGGCCCUGACACACCGUUCUGGAGUCAUGCGGGCUAGCUGUGUCGCCAGGCGAACCGUGAGGCGUGCCAGCGGGAUGGCCUCCGCCAUCCCAGGUAUACGCCACCCAAUUCGCCCAGCAAUCAUACCCAUCGCUUGCAUGCUGCAGGCCUCGGAAGAUGGGGCCAACGUCCAGCCGGGAAUGGAGCAGGCCUCGGAAGAUGGGGCCAACGUCCAGCCGGGAAUGGAGCAGGCCUCGGAAGAUGGGGCCAACGUCCAGCCGGGAAUGGAGGUGACGGCACAGCAGCGGCUGCAUGACACUGCACACGGCAUAGCGUAG